UCUUAAAGGGGCCGCGCGGUGGCGGUGUGAGCAGCCGGAGCCGAGCGGGGUGCAGGGCACGACCCCCUCGCACUCCCUCCAUGGCCGUGGGCACCCAGCUGGGGCUGCUGCUCUGGAAGAACUUCACCUACCGCCGGCGGCAGCGGAUCCAGCUGGUCAUCGAGCUCCUGUGGCCGCUCUUCCUCUUCUUCAUCUUGAUCUCGGUGCGGCAAUCCCACCCGCCCUUCAAGCAGCAUGAGUGCCACUUCCCUAACAAGGCACUGCCCUCGGCCGGGACCCUGCCCUGGCUCCAGGGCAUCAUCUGCAACGCCAACAACCCCUGCUUUCGGCACCCAACAGCGGGAGAGGCCCCCGGCGUGGUGGGCAACUUCGACAGCUCCAUCCUCUCCCGCCUGCUGACUGAAGCCCGGCAGGUCCUGGUCCACACCGAUAGGCAGCGGCUCCUGCGCAGCUUCACCCGGCUCCUGCCCACCCUGCGUCAGCUCCGGGGGAGCGGGAGUCAGUGGAGGGCCCUGCCGGUGAGGGGCUACCUGCGAGAGAACGAGACCUUCUCACGGUUCCUCCGGACCAACACAUCUCUGCCCCCGGCGCUGGUGGACGAGCUGAUGGCGGCUCAGCUCAGCCCCCGCAUCUUCUCCUUGGCCGGCACCCGCCUCCCGCUGAAGGCCGUGGUCUGCAACGCCUCGGAGCUGGGGGGCUUCCUGGUGGGGGGUGACGCCGCCUCCACCCAGCGCCUGCAGCGAGGGCUCUGCGCCCUGUCCGGCCCCCAGCUCCGUGCCAUGGAGGGCUCCUUCCUCUCCCAGCUUGACCUUCCCCGGCUCCUGGCGGAAGAGCUAAGCUCGGACGUGGGUGGCAUCACUGGCACCGUGGAAGCCUUGGGUACCUUCCUGCGGGAUGCAGCAUCCCUGAUGGAUAAGGUCUCCUCCAUGACCAGCCUUGCCGAGCUGCAGCAGGAGCUCAGGGCUGUGAUGGCCACCAAUGCCACCGCCACCGGCUCAGGCGCCUUUGGGGCCCUGUCACGCAUUGCCUGUGGGCACCCCGAGGGCGGGGGGCUCAGGGUCCCCUCCCUCAACUGGUACGAGGACAACGAUGUCAAAGCCUUCCUGGACCGCAACAGCUCGGAGCAGAGAGCCACUGUCCCAGGCAACACCAGCAGUCCCUUCUGCCGAGAGCUGCUCCGCAGCCUGGAAUCCAGCCCCCUUUCGCAGAUCCUCUGGCGGGGGAUCAAGCCCCUCUUCAUGGGGAAGAUCCUGUACACGCCACCCGGCCCCGGCCCCGACAGCGUCAUGGCCGAGGUGAAUCGGACGUUCCGGGAGCUGGCAGUGCUGGGGGAGGUGGGGGGUGCCUGGCGGGAGCUGGGACCCCGCAUCUACACCUUCCUCAACAGCAGCCUGGAGAUGCAGGUCCUGCAGGACCUGCUGCUGGCCCCGGGCACGGCCCAGCUCCUGGAUGGGUUCCUCAACAGCACCUCCUGGAAGCUGCCAGAUCUGGCUGGGUUCCUGGGGGGGCCGUCAGGGGGGCCAGGGGUCACCUGGCGCCAGGUGUACGCUGACGUUGACAUGGUCCUGAGCACGCUAUCACAGUUCAUGGAGUGCGUCUGCCUGGACAAGAUCGAGGUGGUGGCCACCGAGGAGCAGCUGGUGGCCCGGGCCCUGGAGCUGCUGGACGAGCGGCAGUUCUGGGCAGCUGUGGUCUUCCAGUCCCCCACGAAUGCCACAACCCCCACGCUGCCCCCCCACGUCCGCUACAAGAUCCGCAUGGACAUCGACGACGUCACAAGAACCAACAAGAUCAAGGACAGGUUUUGGGACCCGGGUCCCGCAGCUGACCCCUUCAGCGACCUGCGCUACGUGUGGGGGGGUUUUGUCUACGUGCAGGACCUGGUGGAGCAGGCGGUGGUGCGGGUGCAGACCGGGGCCACCCCACGGAUGGGGGUCUACAUCCAGCAAAUGCCCUACCCCUGCUACGUGGAUGAUGUGUUCCUGCGGGUCCUGAACCGCUCGCUGCCCCUCUUCAUGACACUGGCCUGGAUCUACUCAGUGGCCAUGAUCAUCAAGGGAGUGGUGCACGAGAAGGAGAUGCGUCUGAAGGAGACCAUGAAGACCAUGGGGCUGAGCAGUGGGAUCCUCUGGCUCAGCUGGUUCCUCAGCAGCUUCAUCCCCUUCCUCCUCAGCUCUGCCCUCCUUGUCCUCAUCCUCAAGCUGGGAAACAUCCUGCCCUACAGCAAUCCAGCCGUCAUCUUCCUCUUCCUCGGCACCUUCUCGGUGGCCACCAUCAGCCAGUGUUUCCUCAUCAGCACCUUCUUCCCCCGCGCCAACCUGGCCUCCGCUUGCGGCGGCAUCAUCUACUUCUCCUUCUACCUGCCCUACGUGCUGUGCGUCGCCUGGCGUGACCACAUCACCUUCCCACUCCGCGUCCUCGUGAGCUUGCUGUCACCAGUGGCCUUCGGCUUCGGCUGCGAGUACUUCUCCCUCUACGAGGAGCAGGGGGUGGGCAUCCAGUGGCACAACCUGGGGGCCAGCCCCGUGCCAGGAGACCCCUACAACUUUGCCACGGCCAUGGGGCUACUGCUGCUGGAUGCUGGUCUCUAUGGCCUGGCCACCUGGUACCUCGAGGGUGUCUUCCCAGGUCAAUACGGGAUCCCCAAGCCCUGGAAUUUCCCCUUCCUGAAGAGUUACUGGCUUGGAGAGCCGUCUUCAGCCAUGUACCCCCCAUACCCUGCAAGCCCCCUCACUGCACCCCAAGUGCUGGUGGAGGAGCCACCUGCCCAGCUCCAGCCCGGAGUCUCCAUCCGCAACCUGGUGAAGAUCUACCACAACAGCAGCCACGUGGCCGUCAACGGGCUGAGCCUGGACUUCUACGAGGGGCAGAUCACCUCCUUCCUGGGCCACAAUGGGGCUGGCAAGACCACCACCAUGUCCAUCCUGACCGGUCUGCUGCCCCCCACCUCCGGCACUGCCUAUAUCCUGGGCUGGGACAUCCGCUCCGAUAUCGACAGCAUCCGCAAGACCAUGGGGACGUGUCCCCAGCACAACGUCCUCUUUGACAUCCUGACCGUGGAGGAGCACAUCUGGUUCUACGGGCGGCUGAAGGGGCUGUCGGAGGAGCGGGUGAAGGCUGAGAUGGAGCAGCUGAUCCAGGACACGGGGCUACCCCACAAGCGCCAGGAGCAGACCAGGAACCUCUCAGGAGGGAUGCAGCGGAAGCUCUCGGUGGCCAUCGCCUUCGUGGGUGGCUCUCGGGUGGUCAUCCUGGAUGAGCCCACAGCUGGCGUCGAUCCCUACUCCCGCCGCAGCAUCUGGGAACUGCUGCUCAAGUACCGCAAAGGUCGCACCAUCAUCCUGUCCACCCACUACAUGGACGAGGCGGAGCUGCUGGGGGACCGCACCGCCAUCAUCUCGCAGGGCCGGCUCUGCUGCUGCGGGUCCCCGCUCUUCCUCAAGGCCAGGCUGGGCACUGGCUACCACCUCACCCUGGUGAAGCAGGAGCAGGUUGGGAUGAGCGGCGGUAGCACCGGCACCGUCCCCGGCACCACCAAAAAGGAUGGCAGCGACUCGGAGCACAGCAGCGACACGGGCCUGGGCAGCGAGCAGGGCAGCAAGGCCAGCGCCGUGGAUGUGGCCCAGCUGUCGGCGCUGAUCCAGAGGCUGGUGCCUGGCUCCCGGUUGGAGGAGGACAUCGGGCACGAGGUGCUCUUCGUCCUGCCCUACAGCGGGGCCAAGGACGGAGCCUUUGGGGACCUGUUCCGCGAGCUGGACACCCGCCUGGGGGAACUGGGCAUCUCCAGCUACGGCAUCUCCGACACCACCCUGGAAGAGAUCUUUCUGAAGGUGGCCCAGGACACAGGGCUGGAUGCUGACACGGCAGGCGCUGGGAGAGGAGCAGCCCCCAGUGAGGGGAGGGAUGCGGAGGCGGCCGACGGGGAGCUGGCCCAAGGAAUCCGGCGAGCGGAAGAGCCCCAGGAGACGGACCUGCUGCGCGGGGGUCCUGGGCAGGCCGGCCACAGGGUGAGGGGCUGGGCGCUCACCCGCCAGCAGCUCCGCGCCCUCUUCAUCAAGAGGAUGCUCCAUGCCCGCCGCAGCACCCGGGGCUUCUUCGCGCAGAUCGUCCUGCCCGCUGUCUUCGUCUGCAUCGCGCUGCUCUUCAGCCUCAUUGUGCCGCCCUUUGGGAAGUACCCACCGCUGCCCCUCCAGCCCUGGAUGUAUGGGCAUCAGUUCACCUUCUUCAGCAAUGAUGCCCCUGGGGACCCUGACACCACUCAGCUCCUGGGCGCGCUCCUGGCUGAGCCGGGCUUUGGCACCAAGUGCAUGAAGGAUGCUGGGGAGGUGAUGGGGCCGUGCCCACCAGCUUCCCACCCCGACGGUUUCUCAGCACCCCCAGCACCCCCGGCUCUGCUGGAAGCGCUGCGGCGUGGGAACUGGACACAGGCUGAGCCGUCCCCCCCCUGCCAGUGCAGCGGGCCGGGGGCCCACAGGAUGCUGCCCGACUGCCCCGAGGGGGCUGGGGGGCUCCCACCACCCCAGGUGCGAAGGGGCACGGGUGACAUCCUGCAGAACCUGACGGGCAGGAACAUCUCCGACUACCUGGUGAAGACCUACCCCCAGAUCAUCCGCCAGGAGCUGAGGAACAAGAAGUGGGUGAAUGAGCAGAGGUACGGUGGCUUUUCUCUGGGUGCCGGUGGCUCCCAGGCCCUGCCAUCAGCGGUGGAGGUGGAAGAGGUGGUGCUGGAGCUGCGGGCACUGUUUAACAUCACGCCGGGCAGCAACUUGGACCUGCUCCUGGGCAACCUCAGCCGCUUCAUCGAGGGCUUGGACACUCGCCGGAACAUCAAGGUCUGGUUCAACAACAAGGGUUGGCACGCCAUGGUCUCCUUCCUCAACGUGGCCAGCAAUGGGCUGCUCCGCGCCCGGCUGCCCACUGGGACCGACCCCGCGCUCUACGGCAUCACGGCCACCAACCACCCACUCAACCUCACCAAGGAGCAGCUCUCGGAGGCUGCCCUGAUGGCCACCUCGGUGGAUGUGCUGGUCUCCAUCUGUGUGAUCUUCGCCAUGUCCUUCGUCCCGGCCAGCUUCGUGCUCUUCCUCAUCGAGGAGCGGGUCAGCAAAGCCAAACACCUGCAGUUCGUCAGCGGGAUGAAGCCUGUCACUUACUGGCUGGGCAACUUCGCCUGGGAUAUGUGCAACUACCUGGUCCCUGCGCUGCUGGUCAUCCUCAUCUUCCUCUGCUUCCAGCAGGAAUCCUACGUCUCCUCCGCCAACCUGCCUUCCCUGGUGCUGCUGCUGCUGCUCUACGGCUGGUCCAUCACCCCCCUGAUGUACCCAGCCUCCUUCCUCUUCAGCAUCCCCAGCACCGCCUACGUGGCCCUGACGUGCAUCAACCUCUUCAUCGGCAUCAACGGCAGCGUGGCCACCUUCGUGCUGGAGCUCUUUGUGGACCAGAACCUCAACAACAUCAAUCGCAUCCUGAAGAAGGUUUUCCUCAUCUUCCCCCACUUCUGCUUGGGCCGAGGACUCAUUGACAUGGUGAAGAACCAGGCAAUGGCUGAUGCUUUUGAGAGGUUCGGGGACAGGCGCUUCGUGUCCCCCCUGUCCUGGGAUCUGGCAGGGAAGAACAUGUUUGCCAUGGCCAUUGAGGGCAUCAUCUUCUUCCUCUUCACCCUCCUGCUGCAAUACCGCUUCUUCCUGCGGCUCGGGCCACGGGGUCUGCAGCUGCCCUCCCUGGGGGAGGAGGACCAGGACGUGGCCAGGGAGCGGGCGAGGGUGGGCAGCACCCCCCCGCACAGCCACCUCCUGCUGCUGAAGGACCUGACCAAGGUGUACCGGCGCAGGAAGGCUCCGGCGGUGGACCGGCUCUGCGUGGCCAUCCCCCCGGGGGAGUGCUUCGGCCUCCUGGGGGUGAAUGGCGCCGGGAAGACCUCCACCUUCAAGAUGCUGACGGGGGACACGGAGGUGACGCUGGGGGAGGCCUGGCUGAAAGGGCACAGCGUGCUCACCGACCUGCAGUCUGUCCACCAGCACAUGGGUUACUGCCCCCAGUUUGAUGCCAUCACAGACCUGCUGACGGGGCGGGAGCACCUGGAGUAUUACAGCCGCCUGCGUGGCAUCCCGAAGGAGGAGACCCCCAGGGUGGCUCAGUGGGGCAUUGCCAAGAUGGGGCUGGAGCCACACGCCGACCGGCCGGCGGGCAAGUACAGCGGGGGCAACAAGCGCAAGCUCUCCACAGCCAUAGCCCUCCUCGGCUCUCCCCCCGUUGUCUUCCUGGAUGAGCCCACGACAGGGAUGGACCCGCGAGCCCGGCGGUUCCUGUGGGACCGUAUCCUCAGCGUCAUCCGGGAGGGCAGGUCCGUGGUGCUCACAUCGCACAGCAUGGAGGAGUGCGAGGCGCUGUGCACCAGGAUGGCCAUCAUGGUCAACGGCCGGUUCCGCUGCCUGGGCAGCGUCCAGCACCUCAAGAACAGGUUUGGGGAUGGCUACACGGUGGUGGUGCGGGUGGGUGGCCCUGGGCCGGCACCGGUGGAGACCCUGAUGCAGCGGCGCUUCCCCGGCAUCGUGCUGAAGGAGCGGCACGGGGGGCUGCUGCAGUACCAGCUGCCCUCCCACGCCGGCUCCCUGGCCAGCGUCUUCAGUGUCUUGGCGGCCCACCGUGGUCCCUGCCACAUCGAGGACUACUCCGUGUCCCAGACCACCCUCGACCAGGUCUUCGUGCAUUUUGCCAGGGAACAGAGCGACGAGGACCCCGGGGGGGCCGUGGCCCCAGGGCAGGAUGCGGCCCCGGCAGUGCCCAGCCCCAGCAGGAGGCUGACACGGUUCCUGGAGGACAGCAACUACCAGGAGAGCGCGGUCUGAGCAGGGCACGGAGCCCCAUGGGGAGACCCCCCCAGUGUCACCGCAGCACGACCCGGGCUGCUGGGACUUCUGGCCACUCCGGACCCCCAGAGCUGCACAGGGGGGUCUGGCCGCAUCCUGCCCCCCGGCAUGGGACCGCCAGCCCCGCCAGCCAGGUGCUGGGCAGGGUCAGUGCACCGGGGGGGCUGGGCCCAGCUCCCCCUCGGCGGGGUGGUACCCGCUGGGGGGCCCAGUUCGAUGGGGGGAGCUGCCCUGAGCACCCCUACCCUGAGCAGGCCCUGGGACCCCCACUGCUCCCUGCGGGUGCAGGGCCUGCUCUAAAAGAGCAACGAAAUAAAGACCCGUGGU